UUGUCAAAACAUGACAAAUCCAAAUGAACUGGAACCCGUUUAUAACUUAUUGUUAUGAAAUGAAAAAAUCAUCGAUGAAGAAUCAUUAUUUUCCAUAUGUUGCAGCUAUGUAAGUGUUUGUUUCAAAAGUAUCUAUAUUACAAAAUUCAUAUAACCAAAUUCACCUAUUUGCAUGCCCUCACUUCAUAUUCGAUCAUAUCGGAGAAUGAUGGUAUACCUUAUGUUAUGACAGUGUAUUCAAUGAUUCACUAAUCACCAAAUCAUUGUGCAAUUUCGGAUAAAAUCACUUCACAAUGACUUCUGAAAUGGGCGAUAAGGAACCAUCGAACUUGUCACCAAAAACAAGUUCUCAAAACAUAUCAGUAGCAGAAGACAUUGAACACGAAGAACUAGAAGAAUGUACCAGUCAAUACCUACUAUCGAAAAACACAAGUUCAUUCAGAUGUUUAGCCCAAGUCCUCUUGUCCAACAGUUCAUUAAUGAAAAAUAGAUUGUAUUUGUUUCCACCUCUAGUCGAUCCAGGAAUAGAUGAAGCAUUUUACUACUCAAAACCCGAACCCGUAUAUGAUGACGUCGGCGUCGAAAAAUAUUUGAAUAUCUGUAGAGAACUCGAGAUCGUGCCUCUCUCCAGAAUAAUAAAAUCACUGGACGGAGACACAAUGAACUUGAAGUACUACGGAUUGACUGUGAAGCAAUUCCGAGCUGUUACAGAGGCCCUCAAAGGUAACGAAUAUAUAGAGCACCUGAUUCUGGAAGAAAACUUUCUCAAUCUAGAGAUGACUGUAAUGUUAUGCAGUAUGAUCGAAGAGAACAGUACUUUGCGCAAUCUGAAUCUGAGAGGAUGCAGAAUUGGAGAAGUAGGGGCUAAACUGCUGAGUGAGGCAUUACUCAGCUCUCAGUUUCUAACUGAACUUGAUCUCAGUUUCAACGAGUUUGGUGACGUCGGUCUGAAAAACUUGCAACAAGGUUUAUGUGACACAUCAUCUUUGAAGAAACUUAACAUCAGCCAUAAUAAUCUGACAGAGGAUUCAGGUGAAACACUCGAAAGAAUCCUACUAGAUAAUAAAUCUCUGACAAAUAUAGAUCUAUCCUGGAAUGGAUUUUACACUGGCCCAGGUAAUAAAAAAUUGUUCAAUGGUUUCAAACAAAAUGAUCAAAUCACAGUACUGAACCUCGCUUGGAAUGGUAUUAGUAUCAAACCAGCUAUUGCACCAGUUGCGAAGUACAUCAAGGCUUCAACAGCUUUAGAAUACUUGGACUUGAGUAGUAACAGGUUGAGUGGAAAACCUCUCAGAAUGAUAAGAGCUGCUAUUUUGAAGAACCAGUCACUGAUAACGGUUAGAAUAGGAAACAAUCCCUACCCACCAGAUGAAGCUUUCUAUGUAGCUUCAGUAUUGACAUCCAAACCGAAAGACCAUCCCUUGAAAUACUUGGAUAUGGAAAAUAUUCUCUUCAACAAAGAAAUAGUCCCUCUAUUGGCCAGAAUACGAAACUCUGGGAAAACGAUCAAAAUUGGAGGAAUUCUCAGCAACUAUAUAAUAAAAGGACCUGACGUAGCUAAACUCAUUUUUGAGAGGUGCAGAUAUCUGUUGACCAAACCGAAGAAGAAGAAGGCUAAAAGAGAUUUUGGUCAUUUCAUCUUGUCUCUUCCCGAAAAUCCAAUAACUCGUCAAGAAUUCGAUACUUUGUUGAAAAAGAAGAAAAUUAAAAAACUUGAUAAGGAUCUGAUUAACGGUUUGACUGAUAAAUUUCCAAUGAAGAAGAAGAUAGACUGUGGUGGAAUGGUUGCGGCAUACAUGAACCUAUACCCAGAAACCUGCUUGCCACCUGUGAAGGUGUCGGCGAAGAAAGGAAAAGGAAAAAACAAGAAAAAGAAGGUGGAAGAAAAUAUCGAGGAGUUGGAGAACGAGAUAAAAGUUCACGAUUUGGAGCCGGCAAAAAGUUUGCAAAACACUGUAGUGACCUCAAAUGUUUCAGAAAAGAAGAUUCAGUCGCAGUUGAGGUUUUCUUCGAAUCCAGUUGCAACAGAAUUGAAUGAAUGAAGUUUCUUUAAAAAAAUAUAUAUGCAUUGGGAGUGAAUACACUUCGAACCAACAGAUUUAUUUAUCGCCUAUACAGAGUGAUUAAAAAUAAACAUAUUUUCAGGAGCUUAAUGCUUGCAUAGAGAGAGGCAAAAAGUUUCAAUGAAUAUGGAUCCCAAAAUGCCUCCUGAGGAAGAUAAACCUCUUUGAAUACGACAUCUUAUGAAGACGAUUUCUUCUCUACUUUAUAACGCUUUGAAGUUCAAUUUUGAAAAUUAGUGUACGAUAUGAACAUUGAACAUCUGAUGGUUAGUAAGAUUUUAAAUUCAAAU